AGGAAUCACUCGCUUCCGAACGACGGCCUACCACCCACAAGCAAACGGGUUAGUAGAACGUUUUCACUUACAACUAAAAGCGUCACUAUCAGCCUCAAACAUUUCUCAGUGGACUGACGCUCUACCACUCGUCUUACUAGGUAUUCGCAAUGCAGUGAAAGUUGACAUUGGAUACUCUGCGUCUCAACUCGUUUAUGGUACGACCCUUCGACUUCCGGGAGAAUUCGUGGAUCCUUCAUCCUCUUCGAUGAACAUGGAUCCAACCUCCUACGCGAACAGGCUUACAAACGCAAUGCGUUCAGUUAAACCUGUUUUCACUCGACCACAAUCAACUAAUGUUUUCGUUCAACCUGACUUACGAUGUACUACACACGUCUUUGUACGUCGAGACUCGCAUCGACGACCUCUCGAAUCAACAUAUGAAGGACCUUUCAGAGUUCUUCAACGCGAAUCUAAGUACUAUAUAAUCGAUAAGAACGGAACCAACGAUAGCAUCAGCAUCGAUCGCCUCAAAGCAGCGUAUUUAGAAGGAAAUCCUAUUCACGUCGAUUUUCCUUCAAUACAAUCGCACGAAACAACUUCUGCCCUUAUAAUACCUCAAUCGACAGCCAACACCCACGUUGAUACUUCGGCGGUAUUUGAAAGUAAACUCAAAACAACGCGUUCUGGAAGAAGAGUAAGAUUUCCAGAACAUUUGAACGAUUACUGCACGUAAGAUACUAGAUGACAUUUUAUAUCGUCUCGAUUUUCCCUUGUACUAUAUAUAAUUUAUUAUAUUUUUAAAAAACCGAAUUUAAUAUGCUUAUAUGUUUUUAUUAUUUUUUAUUUCAAAAAAUAAUAAUAAUAAAGAUAUAAAAAUCCUUGUUUUACGCUAUUACGUGAGCAUGAGUUUAUUUUCUUUGUUUUCGC